UUCUAAUUACAAAAUUUAUUUUUAUUUUAGCAAUUUUUUAAAUUAAUAUACAAAUCUACGUGAUAUAUUCUCCAUAUUGAAGAGUAUAAUUUAUUUAAAAUUAUCAGUUUAAGGACCUAUUUGCCCCAAUUUUUGAACCAGAGGAAAAGAAAUAAAGAAAGGUAUCAAAGUGACGUUUUUAUUGUUGACAAACAUUCCUUUCUAAAUUCUUAAGUCAUUUCAAUUUCUACGUAUCGGACAAUAGGUUCUUGCUUCUAGGUUUAUCUAAAUGGGUAAUGACCUAGAUAAAAAUUAAUCUCUUUGUACUCUGUUCGGUCAAUCACAUUCGAUAGAACUUUAAAAGCUAGCGAAGCAAAGAGAACUACAAAAAUAAAAUUAGUGCAGCACAAGUUUCUUUAAAUUUCCUUAAAACACAAUGGGAGAACAAGUUUAUGAAUUCAAUGUCGAAAUGACUUGUGAAGGAUGUGCUGGCGCGGUUAAAAGAGUGCUCAAUAAAAAUGGGAUAGAAAAUUUGCAAAUUGACGUCCCAAGUAAAAAAGUAACCGUGACAACUCAAUUACCAUCAGAUUUAGUUUUGGAGUACUUGAAGAAAACUGGAAAAACGAGUUCUUUCAUUGGAACAAAAUGAGCCAAGUGAAAUGCUUUUUAUUUAUAUAAAAAUAUUUUUAAAAUUUAAAUAUUAAUAUUUCAAAAUGUUUUACUCUUUUAAACUGUAACUUAACGUUUUAUAAACAUGACGAUGAUGCACAUAAAAAAUCAUCACCUUCCAAAAGGUAAUAAAAUUUCUUUUUAAAUUUUCUA